AUGUUUUUAUCAAAUUUUAAUAUUUAUCAGAGUUUCAAAAUUAUUAAAUUGCGUUACAACACUUGUACGAAAUAUGAAAUCUUUAUAAAAUUUUUUUGCAGAUAUAUUUUUCCCGAAAGAUUUUGUAUUGAACCUAAAGGCGAUGAUGUUGGCGUUGUAUCUUCUUCCUACCUUGAAAUUGAUCGCGAUUCGGAUAAAAUUUCUUUAAAAAAUAAUUCCGAUAUUCCUAUGGCAAUAGAUUUUAUGGAAUUGAAGACCAUCUAUGGAAUAAUUGGAAUUAUUCGGAUUGUGUCAGGUACCAUAACACUUUUUGAUCUAAGAAAAUUUGAUUUUUCAUGCUUCGCAUUGAUUGUCAUAAAAAAAGCGGCUAUGGUUGGUUCUAUUAAUGGUCAUAGUGUAUGGACAAUAAUCGAGACUGAAAUAAUACCAUUCAGACGAACAGAUUUACAUCUUAAUGAAAAACAAAAAUGGUACAAUAAGCAUUUUACGGAUAUGAUUCAUUUGGUUUUGUCUACUGGUGGUUUUUAUUUUUCCCAUUCAUUUGAUCUCUCUCAUACGUUACAGUGGUUGGCUGAUAAUGCUACACCAACAUUUAGGGCAAGACCCAUGAUUGAAAGAUCCGAUGAACGUUUUGUUUGGAAUCGUUAUUUGGCUGAUCCAUUAUCGCAUGUUCCCGGUGCAUAUCGAUAUGUGCCUCCACUUAUUCAUGGCUUCUUCGCGACACGUCGUUGUAUUAUUGGUCAGAAUAUCUUCAAUUUAAUUCUUAUAUCUCGUCGAUCUAUAUACAGAGCUGGAAUGAGAUAUCAUGUUCGUGGUGUGUCGUCAAAUGGCCAUUCAGCCAAUUUUGUCGAAACUGAGCAAAUUAUUGAAUAUGACAAAGAUGGUGACUCGAGACGGCAACAUUUAUGCUCAUUCGUUCAGACUCGUGGUUCUAUACCGCUGUUCUGGUCACAGAAGCCAAAUCUUCGUUGGCAACCCGAUCCAAUAAUUAAACCAGCCGAUGAUCAAUUAAGUGCGUAUAUCGAACAUAUGAAAACGCAACAAGCUCUGUAUGGUGGUAAGCAUAUUAUCGUAAAUCUUAUAAAUCAACAAGGACGUGAAAGAAGGCUGGGUGGAGAAUUAGAACGAGUCGUAUUACGAGCAAAUCUUGAUUUUGUCAGGUAUAAUCCUUUUGAUUUCCACAAAGAGUGUAAUCAGAUGAAUUGGGAACGCUUAUCGAUUUUGAAAAAUCAGUUGCGAGAUGAAUUAACCCAUUUUGGUUUUUUUAUUUCGACGCUUUCGGAGCCGGAAAAUACAAAGCGUCAACUUGGUUUCUUCAGAACAAAUUGUCUCGAUUGCUUGGAUAGAACAAAUGUCGUACAAGCUAUGUUGGCGAAGGAAUCAUUAAAAGACCAACUAACUUAUUUAAAAAUUCUAAAUGGUGCAUUGUCAAUUGAUGAUUAUUCUGAACUUAAUAGUAUUAUCAAGAAUGUUUGGGCAGAUAAUGGUGAUGAAUGUAGCAAACAGUAUGCUGGAACUGGUGCAUUGAAGGCAGAUUAUACUAGAAUGGGAAAGCGUACCUAUGUUGGCACAAUGCAAGAUGGAAUCAAUGCUAUGAUGCGAUAUUUCAGGAAUAAUUUUGCAGAUGGAUAUCGUCAGGAUGCAAUCGACCUUUUCCUUGGGAACUAUCGUAUUGAUCCUGACAAUCUCCCAUUGAAUUUCGAAACGGCCAUAAUAAGUUUUGAUUAUCAUGGGGGUGCAAUAAUUGGAGCUAUAUUUGCUGCAACUAUGACGAUACUUUGUGUUCUAGUCGCGGAAAAUUCGUCUAGUACAUUCUUUUGGUUGAUAAUUUUUCUGGCAUUAAUGUUGUUCAUAUUCAUUAAUGGCGAGGAAUUUGUUAACACACCAAAAUUAAAGGUUCAUUAG